UCCAGCAGGACCCCCGGGCGCGGUCCCCCCGGGCGUCGCGGCGCCCGGCGUCGCGCAGCCUCAAGGCCCUCCCCAGCUUGGCGGCCCGCGCCCGCUGCCCUCGAACUGGCAGCCGCCGGCAAACAUGCCGAAUUUCAACUUCAACGCGCCCGUCAUCCGCCUCGGCACACAGCCCGGCCGCGGAGGCGCGGCCGACAGCGCCGUGGGGGCGCGCAAGGAGAGCGCAGCCAUGCCGGCGCGACGCGGCCUGGGCAUGGACCGCGACGGCGAUCGCAGAGACGGCCCGCAGCAGGUGAUACCGCCCACGCGCGAGGAGAUUGCGCGGACCAUCUUCGUCGGCAGCAUCCCCGACGGAGUGGGCGGCGACGCGGGCAUGGAGCGCAUUCUAGAGACGGCGGGCAAGCUGGUGCGCUGGACGCGGGCCACCGACGCCAACAACAAGCCCCAGACGUUUGGCUUCGCCGAGUUCGCCGACGCCCAGAGCCUCGAGACCGCCGCCGAUAUCUUCAAGGACGUCAGGGUCCCCACGAAGCGACAGCAGCCGGGACAGGAGAAGAAGGCGCACAAGGAGAAGAAGGCGCACAAGGAGAAGAAGGAGCACAAGGAGCACAAGGAGCACAAGGAGGAGGAGGAGCAGGAGGAGGAGGAGGUGGAGGAGGAGGUGGAAACGAGCCAGCUGCACGUCAUGGUCGACGAUGCAUCGAUCAAGUACGCCGAGGAGUGGAGCAAGACGCGCAACGAAGACGAGGCCACGGUCCAGUUCCGCAUCGACAGCGCCAGGGAGGCUCUGUCAGGCGUCCUCGCGAGCCUGUUCAACCCGCCAAACAUGCCGCAGAUGGACUAUGGCGGAGACGCCAUGAUGCAGGACAUGCCGGCGCAAGACGGCGACGGCGUCGAGGUUGCCUUUGUCAACCUGACCAACGCUGACGACGAGCUCGCCGACAUUCCCGCAGACAUGCGCGAGAUCGUUGCCGCUGAAAUCGCCGCCUUCCGCGACCGCUCGAACCAGCGCGAUCGCGAACGACUCCGGAGGGAAGAGGAGCUGGAGGAGGCAGAGCGUCGCCGGAGCGGCAGGCGCUCGCCACCGCCAUCUGCUCCGACAGGCCCUGGCGGCGCCAAUGGUGUCCCAGUCGGACCCAAGGCAGAUCGCGGCCUCCAGGGCGCCCCGAGCGGCCCACGGGGCUCUCAAUUCCCCAAGGACUACCAGGGCGGUGUCAGCUUCACCAACGGAGGGUCUCUCGCCAACGGCACUUAUUUCAGCCGCGAAGACGACGACGACUCGGGCAGCGACUCUGAGAUGGAGCGUCGACGCAAGAAGAAGCGGGACGACGAGCAGGAGAGCGAGUACCAGAGGCAGCUUUCCAAGUGGCUCAAGCACGAGAGCAGGAGCGUCUCCUCUCUGGAACGCACAAGCGACCGCAUGAAGAACCAGGAGGCUGAGCAGCAAGCUGCGCGAGACGCGCAGGCCAAGCAGCUCAAGGAGUUCGACGACGAUCAAGAGGCCUCGACCCGGCGUCAUCUUUACUACCGCGAUCGUGGCGAAUACAUGCGCGAGCGCGAAAAGGUCCGCGAGCGCGAGGUCCGGGAAGACGCCCAGGACCGCGCUCAGGAACAGCGCGAGCUGGCCUCUCAGCAGAAGCAGCGGGACCACGCUCGUGGCCAGGCCGAUGCCUCCCUCGAUGCGCAAACCGACGAGACGGAGCGCACUCAAGAGCACCGCGAGCCUCAGCACUUCAAGAUUUCUCUCGGUGCCGCAGCCAAGAAGCUCGAGACCGCUGCAGCUCCCCGCCGCACUGCUGCCGACGUCGAAAACCUGCUCGAAGACGAAGAAGUCACUGAUCAAAGCAGCGGCAAGAAGCGCGCCCUCGUCCCCAUCAACUUCGACGCCGCCGUUCGCGCCAAUCUCACGCAAGAAGAGGUCGAGGAUGCGCAGCGACAGCUUGCAAGAGACAUUCCCAACGACAGAGAGGGUCUGUGGAAGUGGCCUGUGUCAUGGGAGCAUCUGCCUGAGAAGAACAUUGACAAGGACAUCAAGGACUGGGCAGCGAACAAGGUCCUGGAGCUCAUGGGCCUGCAAGAGGACAUGCUGGUCGAUGCCAUUGUGGAGCACUUGAAGAGCAGGGGCAGUCCGCAGGCCUUGGUGGAGAACCUCGAAGUUGCGCUCGACGACGAGGCCGAGUCGCUCGUGAAGAAGCUCUGGCGCAUGGUCAUCUACUACAGCGAGACGGAGAAGCGGGGCAUCAAAUAAGCAAGCACCGCGGUGGACCUAGUAGCAGACAGCAAUUGAUAUGCACUAGGGUCUUCGACUUUGAAGAACCCUGCAAUGGAAAUUCAACAUGGAGCGAAUAAAGGCAAGAGGUGUGUCUCACAGGCUCUCGAGUGCUGACAAGCAGGACAGAGCGCAGAGAGAGCGCACUCGUGGAAAACAGACAGCUGCUCAUCUGGUACUCUACG